AUGGUCCAGCGUCUGCUCCGUAACGGCUCGGGCAACAUGUGGUCGUUGGCCAUGAGAAAGGUGCCUGCAAAUGGAUGGUUUGUAUGGUGGUGUGGAAGCAAGAUGGACACGAUGGGCGCUAGCCAGUUGCACAUGCAGAAAGCACCAGGUCAACCCACACACACAAUCUCAAGUCACCAAUCAUCACCUGCGUGCAACCGCGGAGAAGCAUCGCGGAGAACGGAGGCUCAGCCACUCUUAUUUCACAUCAUGGCCGACCAACCGCCGUCAGAGUCACCCGCUGCCUCCGUUGCCGCGAGCCAGAGCGAUGGCAAGCAACAUCUGCUGGUCGCUGCAAGCGGCUCUGUGGCUACCAUCAAGCUCCCAGAAAUCAUCUCUGCUCUUUCCUCCAGACAGAGGCUUUCCAUCCGAAUUAUUCUCACAAAAUCCGCUACUCAUUUCCUUGCUGGCCAAGCCACCGAGCAGCCCAGCCUAGAAUCGUUAUCCCGCUUACCUAAUGUCGACGGCCUCUACAUAGAUGAGGAUGAGUGGACUAGCCCCGGAUGGACCAGAGGUGCCAGCAUACUGCAUAUUGAGCUACGCCGUUGGGCAGAUGUGCUGUUUGUCGUGCCCCUCUCGGCCAAUCUCCUAGCCCGCAUUGCUGCCGGCAUGUGUGAUGACCUCCUCUCCAGCGUCAUCCGCGCCUGGGAUACUCGUCGCGCUGCCAUCGUCGUAGCGCCUUCCAUGAAUACACUGAUGUGGGAGCAUCCGCUAACAGAGCAGCACUUGUCUAUGUUACGGUCUUGGCCAUGGUUUCACAUUUUACUACCACAACCAAAGGCCCUUGCCUGCGGGGACGUUGGACAGGGCGCAAUGCGUGAAUGGCAAGAGAUUGUGGUCGAUGUCAAGCAAAGGCUUGACGAUCUUGACACUUGA